AUGGAUCAAUUACUAACCUUACUGACAGAAAUUGAAGCAUGUCUCAAUACACGACCACUGACUUACCAAGAAACUGAUUAUAAAGACACUUUGCUUUCUCUGCGCCCAAUCGAUUUUAUCCAGAACGAGAUAGACAUCACACUUCCACUCACAAAUUUCGAGGAAAGUCAAGAUGAUCCAUCUUAUUACCCAUCUAGUGAGGCAGCCCGCCUCAGCACUCGUCUACAGACAAUUGGAGCACCACAAUCAUCGUGCGCUCUUUCCGAAAGCUACUGGAAAAUAUGGAAGGAUGUAUACCUAACCGCCUUGCGAGAACAACACCGACGUCACAUGAGCAAAAAAAGAGGAUGCAACCGUCAACUGACCAUAGGAACAGUCGUUCUCAUAAUGGACUCCUGUCAGAAAAGAAACAACUGGAAGUUAGGAAGGAUUACAAAAUUAGGAAGGAUUACAAAAUUGGUGCAAAGUAACGACGGUGAAAUACGAGAAGUUGAAGUCUUCUGCGGAAAAAACACUUUCAUACGUCGACCGGUAAAUCAACUGGUCUCACUUGAAAUAAGCGGAUCUCAGGAGUCCACACAAAACGAUCAUGAUAAUACUCAAGACAGCGCAAUCCACCUGCAAGAAGAGGUGCAAGACCUAACUCGUGAACAUCCACGCUAUAACCUGCGCCCAAGAUCAAUUCAUCAGUAUCGCGUUGUUCCUUCAACGGCAAAAAGCCAAGUUUUUACAGCAAGCUGCCUUCCACUAAACUAUCUUCAACUUCUAAUGGCUAUCGUCACUACAGCCAUAGUAGCAGGGUCACCAACAAAUCCGACUUCGUCGUCAAAUGACAACUCGUCAGCAUACCAUAUGAUAGAAUGCAGACCUGAAGGCGUCUACGUUAACUCCCCAAAUAAUACCGAAGCUUAUGAACUCUGCGUGAACAACUACUGCAUCACUGAGAACACGCCACCAAUCCACCAAGUCAUAUCAAUUCCUAUUAGUGAUCUCCCAUAUAAUUAUGAAGCUCGAUGGAAAAUUAAAACCGCAAACAAAUACACAGUAGUUGACACUACGGGUCCAGCACAACCGUUCUGUGUAGCCAUCAAAUGCACACUCUGCUCAGAAAACAUCUUCAAUCCAGAAUGCUGGCCAGUAGCUGCAAUAACCGAAAACAAAUGUGCAGAAAUCAAGGCCAGCAGCUUAAUUCCGGAGCUCUCCAUCGGCAACAAUUACCCUGGCACAACGAGAUGUCUUGAAUCGAUCUAUGCUGUUCCAACAGACAAUGAUGUCUAUGAGCUUUUCACAUGUUCCCCAUGGCAGGAGAGGGUAAAAGCAAAGGUGCAAAUUAAACGACCAACAGGUGAAACGUUCACCACCUACAUGCUCGGUCUGCGACGUAACGUACCAGUACAACUAGCAUCUAUGGACGUCACCUUAAGCGUGCUCUCAUGGCCAUACCUUUCAAUCCUAGACACAAAGUUCAUUUCAAACGCACAUACCACCUCUCUGUGGACAUCUGAGGCACUCCCACACUUACAGUGUCCUUCAUUGGAGGCCGCACAAUCUCUUCAGUGCAACCUCAUCGACUCCUGCCAAUGUGAUCCCGCCGAGAACCAGGUGAAAUGUCACUGCCAAGACCAGGACAUUAACAAAAAUUUCCGGAAAAUAGGAAAUGUCCUCCCCAUAACGUUCCCAUUCUUAAAGAUUACAGAGUAUUAUAGUAACGUCAUGGCGCAAAUAAAUCAAGGAAUCUCGGUCGAUAUCAUAAUCAACAUAAAGGAAACCAUAGAAGACACCAUAGUCGAUAUCACGGACGAGAUCUGCGAAGUUGACAACACUUUCAUAUAUGGAUGCUACAGCACAACGAACACACACGAUCAAUCCUAUGAAGAGCUACUUAGAAGGCGCAAGGAGGAGGAGCAAAGACUGAUUGAGCAACUUCGAUACAAACGAGCCUGCGUUCGCUUGGCCCCAACACUUCCAACGGAACGCGAAGUCCAAAGAAAAAUCAAACAACUCGUUCGGUUAAUUCUCCACAUUAUGAGAUCCAAUAAUUUAUCAAAUGAAUGCGCAGAGCUAUUUGGACAACGUCCAACUCUUUUCGCGAAGAGGGAAGCUACCUUGUACAAGUACAAGGUACAGAACCUACAAAUGAGGGCGCAAUGUACUAGAGAGAAAAUAAUAAGCACGGUGCAAGGAAUGGCCAUGAGCUACGAGGCAUACGGAUUCUUAAUACUAGCAAAAUCCGUCCCCGAGAGUUCAAGGACUGAUUUUUACGAUCAGGAAGUAGACGGUAUCUCACUCGAGCCGGCUUUCGUUAAUGAAUUCACCAAGAAAGAGCUCGAAUUCCUGGAUGAGCUUCAGAAAAGCAUCGAAACGGAAAUGCAUGAGGCGAUAAAACAGAUUGAAAAUGAAAACCACCAGAACAUCCACGUGGAAAUGUAG